AUGCUUCUCCCAAGUGGCUACUGGGCUACUGUCUUCCAAUCCCACGACCCCCUUCUAAGAAGAGAACCCAAGAAUUCGGACGCACCAGGCUUGCAGGAUAACAAGAACGGUCCUCCUGGACCGGAAGGGAAUCAAAAAGGACCACCUGCUCCUCCUGCUGUCGGAGUCACUAUAACCAGUGAGGCUCCCCCGAUAGAAACAGCAACUGCGGAAGAUCUUACCGAUUCCCAAGAUCCAUUUACUCCUCCAAAUCCCCUUACUCUACUCCCAAGCCCACCUGUUCCUGAUAUCGUCACACCACCUUUCAUUCUCCCUACCGGUGUUCCUGCGCCACUGGCUACCGACGAGCCCUCCUUUCUCGCCACCACGACUUCGUCGCUAGACCCAACGUCGACAUUGUUCUCGAACUCGGUCACUUCAACCAGCCUUACGGAAAGUAUCUUGUCCAGCACGUCGUUCGACUCGACUACAUCUCUCGUCAGUCCUAGCAGUUUUAUUUCACAAGCUUCAACUGCCUCCAAUACUCUGUCGGUCGCCGGCACAGCAACGCAGGUGUCAACGCCAACACAGUUGAUUCCCGUGACGUCGGCUCCAGCAAAGACAACAUCUCAGUCAACCAUUCACCAUACAACUAGCGCGACUGUAAUGGAGACACCAUGGGGUUAUCAAAGCCAAAAUGGCACCACCGUGUCCGAAUCUCAUGGGACUCUAUCGCAAGGACAAAAAGCAGGGAUUGCGGUUGGAACGCUUGUUGGCGUCUCUUUGAUUCUGUCGCUGCUGUAUUGGCUCUUUAGAUGGCGCAAGAGUGGACAACUUCUUUCAAUGCCGAGAUUUGGACGGCGCCAGCAACCCGAAUCUCCAAAUCCGCGCUGGCCCCGUAACCGACCGUUCAACGUGUUACCCGAUCCUCCCAUGGAAGAAGCUGGUUUGAGCGAUGAUCCAGUCUGGAAUCAUCAGGGAACCAUUGCGCGACCUCCCAUGAUCGCCAAAGUGCGGCAGUCACUACCCAGAUCCCUUAGGUUCCUUGGGGUCAAUCCCUUGGGCAUGAACCCAGUGACACCUCCAGUGUCCAGGCCCAGGACCCCAACCCGCAAAUCGUUCGCCUCGUCAAUCUUCCACCGGCGCUCAAUUGCUUCGACUCUCCGCAGCGUCUCGGUUCCCCCAAGCGAGGAACAUCCCGUGCCAAUGAGAGGUCCGCACUUCCUGCGACCACUUCUCAUACCUCCCUUCAGACUCCAACCGGCAGCCUCGAUGUCUGCUCACCUUACGGAAGCUACGAAAAGCGCCUCGGCAAGCACUCACUCCUUGGCGGUUCCGUCCCAGACACUCUCACGCGCAAGCCAGCAGCAAGGGCACAGCACAUCGUCCGCAGACAGAGAUCCCCGAUCUGCCAAGGCGAUAUUCGACCGCACGAAGCCUCGCUUACCGUCCAAGUUGCGUGCUGCCGCCACCGCUGCUGCUGCUGGCAGUGCGGGCUCAGACCUGCCACAGAGAUCUGCACAGGAUGUUCCUCGAUCGCCCCCGGUGCCGCUCCGGCCGGUCAUGCCUCAGCGACCUGUUUCCACAUUGUCCGCCUCGUGGAAGAGGGAGAAGAUUCUGCGUCCCUCCAACUCAUUGCUAGAUAGCCAUCUAGACAUCUUGAACGCCAACGCCGGGAACGGGAACGGGGACGGGGACGGGGACGGGGACGGGGACAGACCUCCUCCACCGCCUCCCAAGAGUCCAAGGAGGACCUCGGUCGCGGUGAGCGGCAAGACAAAGGAGUGAACAGUGCCCCAACCUCCAGUUUUAGGUACCCCUCAAGCGGAUGCUUGCCAUUGUCAUUAUUAUGGUGCAGGAAGUGUGGAGCAAAUCGUCCAAGGACAAUCACAAGGUACACACUCCGUCAGAACAGAGAGUUUCGCCGUGGACGAAAUGCAUUUGCGAUAUCCGGUGCUUCAGUGAAAGCUUGUAUAUUAGAGUCUCCUUUUGGCUUGUUGCCAUGUAGAAAACAUUCCACCA